AAAAAAACCAAACCCUAAGAUGCUGUGGAAUACAGCACCACCUACUUAUUGAAGCAUCAAGCCCCUGCCACAAACCCAUUGCAUCUCUAUUCGAAUCUCGAUCACCUUAUUUCCCACAGCUUAGUUAUAAGGACCGUUUCUUGCCCCAACUUAGAGAAAAAUUUGGAGUCACGCAAUAGUGACGGUCAAAGCCAAGGCAGAGACUAAAGAAAACUUGCGGGGGUGGGACUGGAGGAACCAAGCUGAGGUACAUCCCCUCCCAGGUUUCGUGUUGGGGGGCAUUGACUAGGACGUAGCGGCCGUAGCUGGGGACGCAGCCGCAAAUACCCUGACGCUUCAAUUCCCUUUUCGACAACCCAGUCCGCGCAGAGAGGAGCUAUACGCCUGCCCGCCCUGCUGGAGAGGCAGGACUGACUUGGCGGCUCUUACUGCCUAGCCUGCGAGGCUCUCCCAGCACACGGACAUCUAGCAAACUUUUUUUUUCCCCCCUCCAGCCCACGUGUUUUUGAGCCGGCUGCCCUGCCUGACACCGGGAUGCAGCAUUAUGCCUGAGAGCCCUCGUGCUGCUGGGUCCGCUGUGAAGAUUCCCAGGACGGAGAUGCUACUGGACAUCCGAGCUUGUGACUCCGCUCUGUAAUUGCUCCUGCCUGAUUCUUGGACCCCCUUCCCGUUGGCUAGCAAGGAUUCACUAUCUCUGCUCCAGCUUUGCCAGCGGUGCCAGGCUCCGCUGAUGACCCCUCCUGUUCUCAUACUUUGAGCGGAGUGUCUCCACACAACCCAACCGCCCAGAUGCAGUUUCGUCUCUUCUCUUUUGCCCUUAUCAUUCUGAACUGCAUGGAUUACGGUCACUGCCAAGCUAACCGCUGGAGACGCAGUAAGCGAGCUAGCUACGUAUCAAAUCCAAUUUGCAAAGGUUGUUUGUCUUGUUCAAAAGAUAAUGGAUGCAGCAGGUGCCAACAAAAGUUAUUCUUCUUUUUGCGAAGAGAAGGGAUGAGGCAGUAUGGAGAGUGCUUACAUUCAUGCCCUUCAGGAUAUUAUGGACACAGAGCACCAGACAUGAACAGAUGUGCAAGAUGCAGAAUAGAAAACUGUGACUCUUGCUUUAGUAAAGACUUUUGUACGAAGUGCAAAGUAGGCUUCUACUUGCAUAGAGGUCGCUGCUUUCAUGAAUGUCCUGAUGGUUUUGCACCAUUAGAUGAAACCAUGGAAUGCGUGGAAGGAUGUGAAGUGGGUCCCUGGAGUGAGUGGGGAACUUGUAGCAGAAACAACCGAACAUGUGGAUUUAAAUGGGGUCUGGAAACAAGAACACGACAAAUUGUUAAGAAACCAGCAAAAGACACAAUACCAUGUCCAACCAUUGCUGAAUCUAGAAGGUGUAAAAUGUCUAUGAGGCAUUGUCCAGGAGGGAAGAGAACUCCAAAAAUGAAGGACAAGAGGAACAAGAAGAAGAAAAAGAAGUUAAUAGAGAGGGCACAGGAGCAACACAGCGUCUUCCUUGCUACAGACAGAGCAAACCAAUAAAAUAAAGACAUUCUCUUCUUUCUUUUUUUUUCCUUUUGGUGGGUUUUUUGUUUGUUUGUUUUGUUUAGUUUUGUUUUGCAGACAUGCACAAAGCCGCUCUCUCCGCUCCGCUCCUGCGUGCACUGGGCACUGCCUUUAUGCUGCUUUGACAGUAUUGGUCACAACUAACCUGUGAAAGUGAGAGAACCCCACAACUGUGCAGAGAUGGGGGUGGGCUGGGGUGUUAUUUAUACUUUAUUUGGGAGCGGGAGCCUGUGGAGACAGGAACACAGGGAGGGUGCCUCAGUGAGAGCAGGUGCAGAAGAAGCCGAUGAAGAUGCCGUCGUCCUAUUUCUUCCUGUCUGUGAGGGCAUUGGCCCGGGUGCCAGGCACCGCGGAGGACCUGUGGGCAGUGGGCUGCCGGGCACUGAGAUACCCAGACCGACAGACAAUGGACUUGUGCAUAUUUAUGUGAAAGAAGCUACUCAGAGGUAGAAGAGCUAUUCCAUUUAGGACCUUUGUUUUGCAUCUUGUGCAUUUUCCAGAAGUAACUUUAUAUGACUAUCUACUUAGUGUUAACCUACGUUGUUCUCAGCAUCUGUUACCUUGAAACCCUUGUAUAAUAGAGCUGCUUUAAGCUGAUGAUAUGCUCCGGGAAUUACUGCCUCGUUUCAUGGACGUUCAGAUGUGUACAUAUUAUGCUUAGUCUCAUAUCUUCUUCUCAUUUACUGUAUAUUUAUGCUUUCUUAUGUGUAACAUUGUAUACCUGCUUAAUGUUCUGUCAUUUCAUUUCUAAAGGCUUCUGUACACAUCCUCUAGCAAACGCUUUUCCCCCUUCCCUUCCGUUAGUUUUGGAACAUUUCCCUCCAUAUUUCAUUGCCCUUUGCAAUGUUCCGGGGGCUGAUUUUUCUCAUCAGAAGGCUAGGAUCAGCUGAUGUGUUGUCAAAUGACCAGUGUCAAGGAUUUUCAACACAGUGCCUAAUCCUCCUGACCCACCCAUUAAAUAGCUCAUAGGCAUCUGGCAAUCACAGGCAAAAACCCCAGAGUUAUUUCUCCCCUUAAGGAACCUCCCCCUUGAGUUUUGGGUCUGUUAUACCCCUUUGUGAAACACAAUUGGAGCAUGGGAAAAUGCAUGCACUAGCUCCAAUUUCUAGGCAUGCAACUUCACAGAUGAAGAUGGAUGGGUGGGUGGGUGAGGGGAUGAUGAAAUACUUUUUUUUUUCCCUUUUAGAAGUAAUUCAGGCCUGGCAGAAGGGACUUUUAUGGUUGAUGCAAGUCACUACAGCAGACCUUUUAAGUUAUUCUCAAACCACCAGCAAAAUUUGGGGACAGUGGCUAAUUGUGGACACUGCUGGUCAGGUCACAAAUCCUAGCAAGUGUUGGAGAGGCAGACAAUGUCAUUUCAAAUCUGGGACUCGGAGAUAAUUACGGAACAAAAGAUUCCCUGAGCCAUAAUUUGAAUGCAGAGUUGGUUGUGGAUUUUUUAUUUUUAUGCUUCAGACUUUAGAAAUAAUAGCCCCCCUCCCAUCCUAACCAAGAUAGAAAAUCAGAACAUAAAUGGGACAUUUGCAAAUACCAAGGAGAACCUGAAGAAGAGUACUGCUGUUUUCUCCCCAACCCUCACUUUUGUAUUAGCAAAACUACCUCUUUCAAUUUCACUGGGGGUAGGGGCAUUGUUGUUGUUUAUGUUAUACAUUAAAUAACUCUGAGAUAACACCUUACCAGUAAGAAUAGGAAUAAAUAUAAUAUCCAUCGUUAAGUAUCACGGAAUAUUAUUGCUGUGAGAUAAGCCAUAUAUGAAUGUUGUAUAGAACUUUGGGAUAUUCAUCAUCCUAAGGUCCUCACCUCCUUUCACAUUUAUUUAGCGUAUGUUCCUGUUUAGUGGUAGGGGAGAAAACACCCCAUAUACUUGCAGUGAUUCAUUGUUAAUGAGACCAAUAAUUGUUCUGUUUCUGGGAUGUUCUUUUGUGCAUUAAAUCACUUCAAAAAUAA